AUUACCGCCUCGACUUGAGCUGUGGGCUUGAAUUAACAACUUUCACAUCGUCGGUGAACACAUCGCUCCACUGCCUCUACGACCAAUCUUAGAAGUAGACCUCGCUAGUCUGGGAUUUUAUUUCUACCACAUGCGGACAUUCAUACUCACUCACCGAAACCAUACGUGAACGGACUUUUCCUUUUUGGUUAAUUGAAGAACUUCAAACAUCGACCACCGUGUAUAGUUAUUUUUUUUUACUUGUGUUGUGACGUAGCAUCAGUCUGUUGUGACGUCGCCCCCAGAGAGUUGUGACGUAGUGCACAACAAACUGUCCCAUUGACUAAUGAUGACAGAAGCGGAUCUAUCGUCUCCCACAUCGUCGACCGGUGACUACAGCCCCAAGAACAUGGACGACAAAACUAAUUACCGAAAGAGCAACAAGCCCAUGAUGGAGAAGAAGCGAAGGGCCAGGAUCAACUCCUGCCUGUCCCAACUCAAAUCUCUCGUCCUACAAGCCAUGAAGAAAGAUAAUUCACAAUAUUCCAAGCUAGAAAAGGCUGAUAUAUUGGAGCUAACGGUCAAACAUCUGAAGAAUGUUCAGCGUUUCCAGACAAAUGUGCCAGACGCUAUCAGCAAGUACAGAGCCGGGUUCAACGAGUGCGCCAGUGAGGUCAUAAAGUACCUCGGGGAGUCUCAAGGCGUCAACGAAGAGGCCCGCACCAGAAUCCUGACUCACCUGGCGUCUAUCCUGACGCCAAUCAACAACCUGCCCCUCCAGCAGAACCACACCCCCAUCCUCCCGGCGCCGUCCCCCACACAGCAGCAUCACCUGCAGCACCUUCAGCUACAUCAGCAACACCAGCAGCAGAGCGUGUACCUGACGCCCUCCGCGCAGAUCCUGACCAUAGACACCAACAACAACCAGCCACACCACGCCUACGUCACACAAACCAACACCAACAUCGACGUCAAACCCGUCAUCUCUGAAUCCCCCACGGCCUUCCAGACUCCCAUCUCCUCUGGCAUGAGCCCGCAGUCUAACCUACAAAUCCCCUGCAUCGCAACAUCAGCUCAGCUUCAUCUAGUACCCAGCACCCUCCCUUCCGGUCAAGUCGCUCUGGUUCUGGCACCUCAAACAGUUCCAUCCAUGAACUUCUACACAGCGCAACAAAUCACCCGGCACCAAGAGCCAGUCUCCAGCCAAGAGCAGCUCUCCAGAGCUGUUGAAGACUACAAGUCUCGUCUGGCAUCCAACAACAGUCCCAUAGCGCUGGUCACCAAACCAUCCCGUCAACAACGACCUGAAGCUUCAGCCCCAUACAAACGUCCUGCCACACCUCCCCAAAGAAGACAAUCCCCUGUCCACUCCUCAGCAUCAUCAGUGCUACCACCCCAUACCAUUAAAUCCGAAACCAUUUCAUCCCCACCACCUGCACCAUCAACCCUACCCAAACCAGCCACCAGUUCUGUUAUUAUCAACACCAACUACAGCAGCAGCGGCAUCAACGUCAUCACCAACACCAACAACUACAACAACAACGGAAACACUGUCAUCAGAACUACAUCAACAUGGCGACCAUGGUGAAGAUCAAUGGCACUGUUAUUAAAAUUCGCCUGCUUGCAAUAACUUUAUCAGCCAAUGACUUUAGAAUCAGUCAAAUAGCAGUUUCAUUAUCAGCCAAUGACUUUAGAAUCAGUCAAAUACAGUUUCAUUAUCAGCCAAUGACUUUAGAAUCAGUCAAAUCGCAGUUUCAUUACAGCCAAUGACUUUAAAAUCCUUCAGAUUGCAGUUUCAUUUUGAACCAAUGACUUUCAAUCCAGUCAUAUACCAGUUUCAAUAUCAACCAAUGACUUAUGAUUCAGCCAACUACUAAUCUGGCUUCCUCCUAUGAAACUUGACCACAGUUUGGCCUAAACACAAUUAGUCAUUGCAGGAAGCUCCACCAACUAUAAUCUACCAAUUAAGCAGAUAACUGAUUUUGGUUCCAAUAAUUUGUGUGCACUAACCAUCAGCCAAAACUGACAAAUCUUGAAGCUUGCCAGAUAAGAAAACUCACUGACAUUUUUAUUAAAACUUUUAUUUUUGUGAAGUUUUUUAACCUUGUUAUGUAAACAGAACAGGGUGAUCUAACCUUCUACAUAAAAAAAAACAUUGAAAUAAUCUGUUGUGCAUGAACAUUCCUCUUCAACAUUCUUCCAACAUUGCUUGUGUUCAUCCAACAAAUGUUUUGCCUUAUGUUGUCAUGGUAUUCCAAAUUUGAAUUUUACAAAAUUAACUGCCAAUUUGGCAACUCUGUUGUUUGUUUUUUUUUCAAUAUUUUCUGCCUUAAUGUUUUCAGCCUUGCUUGGAUAACUUCACUAAAUCGGGUUGUGCCUGGGUUGUGCCUAGGGUUGUGAUGUUAAAAUACCGGUAUUAACACCCAAUUUUUAAAAACUAAGAAAAAAAGCCUUGCAUUAUAACAAGCAGAAUCAAUGUUUAUAUUGUGUUGACAUUAUUUGAAAUACUGUGUGAAAAGAGUUUUUAAUCUAUAAAUAACUAGCAUGCAUUUUAGUUCUUUAUGUUUCAAGAAUCGCUCCAGCCUUAUCAAUUCCUUUGAAGUGUGUUGCUCAGAAAGAAAACUACUUGGGGCUGUCAUUUCAUGAUGUAUUAUUUGCAAAGCGUGUUAAAUCAUUUUGAUUGUGUUCAUUUUAUUCUGUCACUACAAGAAAUACAACAAUAGUUUGGUUUAUAUAAAUGUUUUCUUUGGGGUGAAAUAUUAUGCAGAAAUACUUUUUUUAAAGGUUUUAUUUGUCAUGCAAUGAUGUACUUUAUAAUAAUGUGCCUUUGAUAACCUGGUGUAAACAACGUGUAUAAUAUGUUGUAUAGUUGUGUUAGC